GCCAACAAUAACCAUCUGACGAAGCGGUCAAAUAUUUCGACAUUUAUUAACUGGAACCAUGAAGGAAUAAAUAUGUUUCAUUUUUGUUUGUGUCGCUUCUCUGAAUGUGAUGUGAAAUAAUGCUAGGAACUCUGAGAAGAUACUCAUCAUAAUGAACAAUGAAGAAGCCCUAACCGAAUCUGUCUCACUUCUUUAUAAUUGUCAACCAAGAAUUGAUUGGAUGAAUGUGUUUAUACUUGUUUGGAAGACGCACCAUCAUAUGGUCUUGUAACAGGUUUAAUGUACUCCAAAUCCUUCACUUGCUGUAUACGUUGUUAUAAGAAAGCCAAAUAAUGUCUAUCAAGUCAGCAUUUGAAAAAGAUUUUUCGGAGCAUGAUAGACAUGAAUCUUCUGAUUUUCCCAAGAUGUCUGACCAUUUAACGGAUUCAAAUAUUUUAAAAUCGAAAAAGACUUAUGGAAGAUUUGCAGUGUGUAUUAAUAAUAAACCUUUCCCUGGUUUUAUUGAAGAAUUAUAUGCAGAAGAAAAUUCUGGAUCUGUAACAAGUAUUACAAGCAGCAGUUAUAAUAAAAAUAAUGAUCAAAAGGAGGUUAAUUCAGAAUAUAGUCUGUUUAGUGAUGAAGUUACAGAUUAUAUUUCUGGUUCUGAAGGUAGUUCAAAAGAUGGGAUUUCUUUUCCUUUUCUUGAAGUUGCUAGCUCUGGUUCAAAUUAUUAUCGCACCAGGAAAAACCUUAAGAAUGAUUUAAAUAAUGAACAGAAUAAUUCUGAAGAGAUAUUGAAAUCAGACAGUGAUUUUUUAAAUCUUAACCAAGCAAAUCAUAUAAGAAAAGAUAAGAAGGUAUCUUGUGGUGAAUCUACUAAUGAAUUACCUCAAAAACCGAGUGAAGCCGUGCGAAGAUUUUUAAUGUGUAUUAAAAAUAAACCUUCUCCUGAUUUUAUUGAGGAAUUAUAUGCAGAAGAAAAUUCUGGAACUGCAACAAGUAUUACAAGCAGCAGUUAUAAUAAAAAUAAUGAUCAAAAGGAGGUUAAUUCAGAAUAUAGUCUGUUUAGUGAUGAAGUUACAGAUUAUAUUUCUGGUUCUGAAGAUAGUUCAAAAGAUGGGAUUUCUUUUCCUUUUCUUGAAGUUGCUAGCUCUGGUUCAAAUUAUUAUCGCACCAGGAAAAACCUUAAGAAUGAUUUAAAUAAUGAACAGAAUAAUUCUGAAAAGAUAUUGAAAUCAGACAGUGAUUUUUUAAAUCUUAACCAAGCAAAUCAUAUAAGAAAAGAUAAGAAGGUAUCUUGUGGUGAAUCUACUAAUGAAUUACCUCAAAAACCGAGCGAAGCCGUGCGAAGAUUUUUAAUGUGUAUUAAAAAUAAACCUUCUCCUGAUUUUAUUGAGGAAUUAUAUGCAGAAGAAAAUUCUGGAACUGCAACAAGUAUUACAAGCAGCAGUUAUAAUAAAAAUAAUGAUCAAAAGGAGGUUAAUUCAGAAUAUAGUCUGUUUAGUGAUGAAGUUACAGAUUAUAUUUCUGGUUCUGAAGAUAGUUCAAAAGAUGGGAUUUCUUUUCCUUUUCUUGAAGUUGCUAGCUCUGGUUCAAAUUAUUAUCGCACCAGGAAAAACCUUAAGAAUGAUUUAAAUAAUGAACAGAAUAAUUCUGAAGAGAUAUUUAAAUCACCAUUUCAUCAAGAAAAUUCAAAUUAUGUAACAGAUACCAAUGAAUUGAAAUCAGACAGUGAUUUUUUAAAUCUUAACCAAGCAAAUCAUAUAAGAAAAGAUAAGAAGGUAUCUUGUGGUGAAUCUACUAAUGAAUUACCUCAAAAACCGGGCGAAACCUCAACUGUGCAAGUGGCUAAACAAACUGGAUGUUAUUUUGGCAAAGCAAAUUUUUUUGAGAAUCCUUUGAUUAAUCAAAGUUGUUUUUCAAUAGUAGACCUGUCAAAAAAGUAUUCAGUUAAAAAUAAUCAGGCUAAUGCAAGUAAUAACCUUUCCAAUAAAAGAAUUACAGAAGAAUGUGAAUUAGCACCUGUCAAAAAGAAAUCAGUUGCAAACAAUGCAGUAUCGUCAAAAAUAAAUUCUUUUGAUAAGGAAACAUUGCAUUCUACUGUUUCUGUUAGAAAGUCUAGCAAAGACAUUAUUUUAAAAAGUAUAAAUGCUGGUAAUCUAGAUGUCAAAAAAUGUGAUGCUAAAACUCCUUCAAGCUUUGUGCACGAACAAAAUGCGGGGGAUUUUGAACAUUUAGCUAUUCCUGGUCCUUCUACUUUGAGUUAUAAUCAUUCAAGUAUGGAAAGUAGGAAAUGUCAUACAGAAAUUGAGCCUGUUUGUGACAUCUCUGCUUUGAUUAAAAAACCUACUACUACUUUUUUAGAGAAUCCUGUAUAUCAUAAGCAGGAAAUGAGGACUGGAUCUUUUACGUCUCUUGGUGCAUCUUUCGAGGGCUGUGCGAAUAAUUAUCUUCAACAAACUAAAAAUAAGUGCAUAUUAAAAACAAAGAAGAUGGCUGAUGAAGUAUUUUCAAGAGAUCCUUUAUUGCGAUACGAAAGUGUGAGUGAAUACUUUGAGCUCCCUAACAUGAUAGAUAUUCUUUCUGAUUUCUUAGGUGAUUGUGUUAGUAUACCUCCUACUUAUCAUGAUGUCAAAAAAGGGUAUAAUUUUCCAGAAAAUUUUGAAAGAAAGAGUCUAAGCAAUCUUGUAAAGGAUUUUGUACAGUAUGUUUAUUUUUUAUUAAUUCCAAAAGAUAAGCCAAAACCUUUAAAUAUAUUAUAUUCUCAAGUCAUGAAUGUUGCAGUGCACAAAAUGUCCAUUAGAGAGAAUGCAAUUGUGAUGAAGGUAUUUGGAAAUAAGUCUUCGUUGAAUAAUCCUUUUGAAAAGCUUAAGUUGGACGAUGUGUUGAAAAAAUUAUACUUGGUUGCUUUGCUUGUGAUAUUUCACGAAUAUAAAAGCAGGCAAACUACUUCAAGUAUAAUGAACUAAAACAUGAUUAUUUUAUAAUUUUUAAUUUCUAUGAUUUGGAAGUAAAAUUGUACUUGGAAUAAUAUUUUAAUACAUAAAUUGCUUGAAUUUUUGAUUAUUACUGCCUGUAAUUCCAUUUAAUGAUAUAUACAGUUCUCUUUAUUUAUUGGAUUUUCCUCUUACUACUGAAAUGUACCUUAAUUACAAUAUAAAAGGCACAUUAAGAAAAGAAAACAGAAAUUAUAGAUGGUUUCUUAAUAUUGUAUUUG